UUAGUUUGGGUUUAGGAACUUUAAUCUACCGCCAUCUAGCGGCGGCCCGCUGCGCUACAGGUACGCCUCGCUUACGUCAUUCAAUAACAAGGAAGUAGCGGCCGCAGGAGCUCUAUGGAGAGAUACUCAGUCCAGAAAGUCAUCGGUGAAGGUUCUUUCGGUCGUGCUUUGUUAGUCCAGUGUAAAAGCACUCAGGAGAAGUAUGUGGUCAAGGAAAUACAGCUGCCAAAGAAUCAGUCCAAAUUUGAGAAUACGAAGAGAGAAGCCGUCCUGCUAUCCAGAAUGAAGCAUCCUAAUAUUGUGGCCUUCAGGGAGGCAUUUGAAGCUGAUGACCUCCUAUGUAUUGUUAUGGAGUACUGCGGUGGAGGAGACCUGCUUCAGAGGAUCCGACAACAGAAAACUGAGCAGUUCUGUGUUGAUGAUAUCUUGAGGUGGUUUUCUCAAAUGUGUGCUGGUGCAAAGCAUAUCCAUGAUAAACGGGUUUUGCACAGAGAUCUGAAGUCCAAGAACAUUUUCCUGACAGAUAAUGGAACAAUCAAGCUCGGGGACUUCGGCUCUGCAUGUAUUCUGAACAGCUCAAAGGCUUACGCUCAUACAUAUGUUGGGACCCCAUAUUAUGUCGCUCCAGAAAUCUGGGACAACAAACCAUACAACAAUAAGAGCGAUGUGUGGUCUCUGGGCUGUGUCCUCUAUGAGCUCUGCACCCUGCGACACCCGUUCCAGGCGUCCAGCUGGAAGAGCCUGAUUCUUAAGGUGUGUCGGGGUGCGUACCCUCCCCUGCCGAACCACCUGCCCUAUGAGCUGCAGUAUUUGGUUAAGCAGAUGUUUAAGACAAAUCCAAAAGACAGGCCAUCCCUGCACACCAUCCUGACGUCUCACCGUGUUUCCAGACUGCUGCGUACACAUCUGCCCUCCCAGGCGAUAGAGAUGGAAGAACAGGGGAGGCGUACCGGUCGAUGGAACAGAGACGAGGGAAAGAAGGUGGUUAAUGUGCUGGGAGAGAAGAGUUUAAUAAAAACAUCAACAUUUGAAGGCAUGGAGUUAUCUGAGGCUAGCUGUGAAAGCAAAGAGCCUGGCCCUCGAAAGCAGUGGGCUGCUGAGCCUUCGGACUCUGUGCUGCAGAUGUUGGCCAAUGCCAGCCUCAUCUCAUCUGACAGCAUGGCAUCACCUGACCAGGCCAUCACAAGCUCUACUCAUGGAAGUGUAUCAGAGGAGCCAGAGAACGGCAGGCAGAGGAGAAGAUGGGAGAGAGAUCCUCCCGAGAGGCUUCUGAGUGUGUUGGAGAAGGCCGGGCUUAGCAGAGCCUUCAGCACCUUUUUAAUCCACAGAGGAGGUGACAAUCCUCUGGUUGGGCCCCUCUCCCAGCCACAGGGUGACGACAUUGAUGGCCCUAAGCAGGAAGUGUGCAUAGACGAGGACCGCUUGCAGCCACGCUCCGAUGACGAGGACACGGACUUUGAGGAAGAAUCUUCAUGUGACUGGAUAGAUGAAGUUGAGAAAAUGUUUUCAGAACACUAGAGCCUCAUUCAUUCGGAGCCUGUACAUUCACAAGGCCAGUGAUUAUUAAUGUUUACAUUUGCUAAAAACAGAUUGUACUAUUUGUACAUGCCAAAAUCAUUUCACAUGAUGUGUGUAAGACUCAGUUUUGUAAUGAAGGACCAGUUUUUACAUCAGGUUAAAUCUAAAUAGACAGAGAUCUAGUUAAACUCAGUGAGUUUUUCAUAUUGUAUUUUACAAUCUCUGCACUGCUUUUUGUGAGCAAUAUCAUACAGUUUUAUAUGGCUGCAACAAAACACUAAGAUUUGAAUUGAAUAUGGUUCAUCUUGUUAUAAAACCUUUUUUACAUAAAGAUGUUUGAGUUGUG